CCCCUCUUCCCGCCGCCACUCAUCCCCGAAACCCACCAAAACCCACCUCGCCGGAAACCCUAGAGAAACCCACCACGAGAUGGCCUCCGGCGAGGGCAAGCCGAACCCCAGCGCCGCCGCCGCCGGCGGGGGAGUCGCCAAGGGGAGGAAGCGCAAGUACCUCCCCCACGGAAAGCCGGUGCGGAAGGGGGCGUACCCGCUGCGCCCCGGGGUGCAGGGCUUCUUCAUCACCUGCGACGGCGGCCGCGAGCGCCAGGCCACCCGCGAGGCCCUCUCCCUGCUCGACUCCUUCUACGAAGAUCUGGUGGAUGGGAAAGGAUCGGACGAGAAGCCCAAAAGCAUCCCUGACAAACCAUUGAACAAAAAGAUUACAUUUGAGGAUACUGAUUCCUCAGAUGAUGAGGAUGAAAAGCAUUCAGAGGAAGUGGCUGAUGAUGCAAAUAACACAGGAAAAGGUGAGACCACGCCAUCUGAGCAGCUGCAAGAGGUGGUUGAUACCCCUGUAGUUCCCAGCAAGGACAAUGAGGAGCGAGUAGAAAAUGCUGAUGAAUCAAAAGUAAAGAAACAGCGUGUAGAAGAUCCUCCAAUAUCCGAACAGACAGAACCAAAAGAGAUUGCUGAGAGACCAACAGAGUCCACUGAUAAAGCAAAAGGGUCCAACGAUAAACCCAUUGAUGAAUUAAUUGAUGAAGACUUGAAGGAGCUUGGGGAUAGGAAAAAGAGACUUUUUGCAACCCUUGAUUCGGGCUGCAAUGGCUGUAUCUUCAUUCAAAUGCACAAAAGAGAUGGAGACCCUGGCCCUGUUGAGAUCGUACAGAAUAUGAUGUCAUCAGCUGCUUCAACUCGUAAACAUAUGUCCAGAUUUAUUCUGAGGGUUUUGCCCACUGAGGUGACAUGUUAUGCAUCAGAAGAGGAAAUAACAAAAGCAAUUAUUCCACUUGUUGAAAAAUACUUUCCAAAGGAAUCUUCUUCGAUAUAUAAGUUUGCUGUAUUAUAUGAAGCAAGGUCGAACACAGGAAUCGAUAGGAUGAAAAUUAUCAACACAGUAGCAAAAUCUGUACCUCAACCUCAUAAGGUUGAUCUCAACAAUCCGGACAGGACUAUUAUUGUCCAGAUUGCUAAGACCAUAUGCAUGAUUGGAGUGGUCGAGAGGUACAAAGAGCUCUCAAAGUUCAAUCUAAGGCAGCUGACCUCACCACCGCAGAAGUAGCUAAUGGGGCCAGCUUGAAUUAGAUUCAGCAACAGUUGGUUGGUUAGUUGUUAGUUGAGCCGUGAAAAUCACUGUUAAAACUCAAGAGAUUCAGAUGUACUAUCCAUUAAUGUCUGCAGAUCGUUGAAAAGCAACAUGACAUGUUUAACGCUUGACAGCGCAAUUUUGUAACUUGUUGAAUUAUACGGCAGUCGGUUCAAUAAAUUUCUUCAGAGGCUCUCGCUAUCU